UUUUGGGUUAGUUAUUGACCUAAAAUCGUCUGUAAUCGUCAACCCAGAAGUGCUGAGAGUAUUCUGUGGAAGUUUUACACCACAAUAUUUCCGCGUGAUAUUACUUGUCCUCAGUUGUUAUGUAUCCACUCGCUGUUGAAUUUUAAUAAGAAGCUUUGCUGCUGGAAAAGUGCUUUUUAUUAAUCCGCCUCUUAUGCGCACUUUCUGUACUCACAAAACUGUACUCAUAUUUUUAAUUCCGACACUGUGAUAUUACAUCGUAGACAGGAUAUUUUCCGCUCUUUUCGGCUUUUACCACACGUGGUGACGCGGAAUGCCGGAGCUUCGCAAGAAUCCUCGUCGUAAGACGAGGCGCCUUCGCGGCCACGUUUCACACGGCCAUGGGCGUAUUGGCAAGCAUAGGAAGCACCCAGGAGGUCGAGGAAAUGCUGGUGGUCAGCACCAUCACCGUAUCAUGUUCGACAAAUAUCAUCCUGGCUACUUUGGAAAAGUUGGCAUGCGGAACUUCCACGUCAGGAAGAACCAUUACUUCCAGCCUACGAUUAACGUGGAACUUUUAUGGUCACUAGUUGACCGCAAGACCAAGGAUAACCUGCUGGACGAGACCAAGAACAAGGAGAAAAAGGCUCCUGUUAUUGAUGUAGUGCAGCACGGCUACUUUAAAGUUCUUGGCAAGGGCUUCCUCCCUCAAAGCCCAGUGAUUGUGAAAGCCAGAUGGUUUUCGAAGAGAGCGGAACAGAAGAUUAAGGAAGCUGGUGGUGCCUGCAUUUUGACUGCCUAAAUAAAGAACAAAAGCGGUCUAUAUAAUGCCAGU